AUGGCGGCUUUGCCGCCUGAACGUACCGAGUUCAAACCCAAUCACUCGAAGCUUUAUAAUGGAACAACUUUCGUCGGAGCAUCCAGGAUCUUAGAGAGAGAAUUUAUUCAGGCUGCUCGUGCUGCCAUUGAGUCGAACUAUACGCAGCAGACUCUGGGUUGGCAUUUCAUCCCACCUGGAGCUCCUCAUAUGGGAGGACUCUGGGAAGCGGGAGUAAAGAGUUUUAAGUCCCACUUUCGAAAAUUUGCUGGAUCCUUUAAAUUUACUUUCGAAGAGUUCUCAACAAUCCUGUCGAGAAUUGAGGCAUGCCUCAAUUCGUGUUCGUCAUCUUCAAUAUCCAGUGAUCCUAGCGAUUUCGCAGCCUUAACUCCAGGUUACUUCAUGAUCGGCACUCCUAUUCUUGCUCCGGUCAAUCCACGCAUUGAAUAUCGAUUUUGA